AUGGCAAAAGCUGCGGAACGGUACGAUGAGCCAAUCCAUAUCGCGGUCAUCGGCGGCACUGGCCUUCAACACCUCUCCGGCUUCACCCACGCAGCUACACUCAAGCUCAGCACGCCGUGGGGCGAGCCUUCAUCUCCCGUCUCCGUCCUCCACCACCCUUCUCCAUCGACCGGCAAACCCAUCCCAAUAGCGUUCCUUUCGCGACAUGGCCUCCAUCACGAGCUUGCACCCCACGAAGUGCCCAACCGCGCCAACAUCGCCGCUCUCAGAAGUCUUGGCGUACGGACGAUCAUCGCUUUCAGCGCCGUCGGAAGCCUGCAAGAGCAGAUCAAGCCGAGAGACUUCGUCGUGCCGGAUCAGAUCAUCGACCGUACGAAAGGUGUGAGACCUUUCACAUUCUUCGAGGGAGGUAUGGUGGGGCAUGUAGGCUUCGCGGACCCUUUCGACCCGCCUUUGGGGACCUUGGUGCAGAAGUGUGGGCACAGUCUGGCCGGCGAGGACAUCGUACUACACGACAAGGGGACGGUAGUCUGCAUGGAGGGCCCACAGUUCAGCACGCGUGCUGAGUCGAACCUAUACCGCUCCUGGGGUGGCAGCGUGAUCAACAUGUCCGCAUUACCCGAGGCCAAGCUAGCCAAGGAAGCGGAGAUUGCGUACCAGAUGAUAUGCAUGUCGACCGACUACGACUGCUGGCAUGUUUCCGCGGGUGACGUGACGGUGGAGAUGGUUAUGGGCAAUAUGAAGGCGAAUGCGGAAAACGCACGGAGGUUUGUGGGUGCGGUGCUGGAUGAGUUGAGCAAGGAGGAGCAUAAAGACUUGGUGAUGGCGACGCACCUGCAGGGCAGCAUGAAGUUUGCGGGUUCCGUGACGGCACCUCAUGGACGGAGCGCAGAGGCGAAAGAGAAGAUGCAGUGGCUCUUUCCGGGUUACUUUGACUGA